ACCAAUCACAGUGUCCGAUUUUUAACGGAAAAUACGGAAAUUGAGAUUUGAUUUGACGAUUUGAGGUUCAAGAUGUUCAAGACUGCAAGGCGGAAAAAGAAGGGUUUGUGAGUUUGUCUUUCCCAAAGCCUAUUCUCCUCGCCUGCGGACAAAGAUGGCAGACACCGUCCAAGUGGCGGUACGGAUCCGCCCGCUAAAUCAAUCCGAGACCGAGCGUACUUCGGGCUCCUGUCUAGAAACAGCAGUCGAUACACCUCAGAUAUGCGUGCCGCCUAAUUUAAAAUUUACUUACAACCAUGUUUUUGACCCAUCAAAGACUCAGGAAGAAGUUUACAACACAGCAGUCAAAAAUUUGAUAAUAAAGCUGUUUAAAGGUUACAAUGUAACUAUAUUAGCAUAUGGACAGACCGGUUCGGGCAAGACCUAUUCUAUGGGCACAGCUUAUUCUGGUGAGAGCGGAACCAAAGGAAUCAUCCCGAGGUCCAUCGAUGACAUUUUUUACUACGUUGAAGAGAAAGCAGAAGACUGGAACUUCAACAUCACAGUGUCUUUCGUAGAGCUGUAUAAAGAGCAAGUCUAUGAUUUGCUGUCAACCAAACCAAGGGAGCAAACAGUUGUGGAGGUUCGAGAGGAUAGCAAAGGCGUCUUCUUGUCAGGCUUGACAGAGAAGCCAGUCAACUCGAAGCUAGAAACACUGUCGUGCUUAGAGAGUGGAUCAGCUAACAGAGCAACCGGAGCUACAGCUAUGAACGCUACUAGUUCUCGCUCACACGCCAUAUUUAGUAUUAUAAUCAAGCAAGAAAGCAAAAGUGAAAAAAAAGAGAGGAUGACCGCUAAGUUUCACCUUGUCGACCUUGCUGGAUCAGAAAGGGUGAAGAAAACAGAAGCGAUUGGAGAUCGCUUCCUUGAAGGGACCAACAUCAACAAAGGUCUUCUUGCUCUUGGUAAUGUAAUUUCAGCCUUAGGUGAAGGAAUAAGCUCCUAUAUCAACUACAGAGAUUCGAAACUCACUCGAAUUCUGCAAGAUUCUUUGGGUGGAAAUUCAGUAACGAUGAUGAUUGCGUGUGUAAGCCCAGCUGCCUUCAACAAAGAUGAGACUAUAAGCACUCUACGCUAUGCUGAUCGUGCCAGACGCAUCAAAAAUAAGCCGAUCAUUAAUACUGACCCUACAGUUGCUGAAAUCGGUAGCUUGAAAAAAGAGAUACAACAGUUGCGUCACGAGCUCAUUCAAGCCAAAGCUUUGAACGGCUCUUCCUGCCCGCCUGAGCAUUCCAAUCUGAGGUCAGACAUGAAAAUCCUCAUUGAAAAGAAUAAAAUCCUGGCAGAGGCUUUAAAUGACGCCAUUCUACAGAGCACUAAUCUAUUCGAAAGAGCUCAAAUGGCUGAGGCAGCUCGUGACCGAAUCAGGGACAAAAUCAGCAGUGUACAUAAUGCUUGGCAACAGGUGGAAGACAUUGUUGGUUCAUUGGGCGAGGAGCAGAAGAUAGCUUUCCUCAACUUUAAGCAAACCCUCGGGGAACUUCAGGUAAAUCAACCUUAUUUAUUUUUUGCAAUAUUAAGGAAGAUGCAGAAAAGUCGUUUAUCUUGCGAAGCAGAGUUUUUGUCUGUUUAA